AGCGUUUCAGUGCCAGUUUUGGCGCUCAGACCCACGGGAUGACAGCCGAGGUGCUGCCCAGUGCGAGAUGGUUGUAUUGUGGGGAACCGGAGGAGAGCCAGAGAGCUGUGCUGGGUCCUCUCCUUCAGUCCUCCUGUAACGCAGGGCCUGCCUCUCCUUGCACCCUGGUUCCUCCAGUUCUUCCCCCAACCCGCGUUGACUUUCUUCCUGUGCCCCCAUGCCUGCCCCACAAUCUUAACAGUGCAAUUCUCCAACGGGAAGCUGCUGAACCCAGGCAACAUGCGCUUUACUAUGUACAAGAGUAGUGACUCCACCAACCCCAGGAAGAGAGGUCACCGGAUCCUGGCAGCUGAAACAGAGCGACUUUCUUAUGUGGGAAACAAUUUUGGGAUUGGAGCCCUCAAAUGCAACACGCUAUGCAGGCACUUUGUGGGGGUUUUGAAUAAGACAUCUGGCCAGAUGGAAGUAUAUGAUGCUGAAUUGUUCAACAUGCAGCCGCUGUUUUCAGAUGAAUCCAUUGAGAGUGAAUCAUCCCUCGAGAAUCAGGCCAAAACUUUCAGAGAAAAGAUGGAUUCUUGCAUCGAAGCCUUUGGGACCACCAAACAGAAACGGGCCCUGAACUCCAGGAGAAUGAAUAGUGUUGGCAGUGAGUCUCUGAAUAGAGCAGUUGCUAAAGCCGCAGAGGAGAUCAUUCACACAAAAGGGGUGACAGCUCUGCUCAGUGAUGCUGCCCAUGAUGAUUCACAAGAUGAUUCCCUCUACCUUCCUCCCUGCCACGCUGAAGCGUCCAAACCUGAGGAUGUGUAUAAAUUCGCCGACCUUCUUACCCCUGCCGAGUAUGAAGCUCUGGAGGGUCCCUCAGAAGCUUUCAGGAACGUCACAUCAGAAGAAAUACUGAAGAUGAUUGAAGAGAACAGCCACUGUGCCUUUGUCAUUGAGGCGCUGAAGUCUCUGUCAGCUGACAAGGAGCUCCGUGACCGUCAGGCUCGGUGCCUUUGGUUUCUUGAUACUCUCAUCAAAUUUCGAGCCCAGAAGGUGAUUAAGCGGAAAAGUGCCCUAGGAUCUGAAGUUCCCCACAUCAUCAACACCAAACUGCUGAAGCACUUCACCUGCUUGACAUACAACAAUGGCAGUUUACGGAAUCUGAUUUCGGAUUCCAUGAAGGCGAAGAUUACAGCCCAUGUUCUCCUGCUGGCCCUGCAUAUCAACAACUUUGAGAUAGACCUGACAGUGCUGCAGAGAGACCUGAAACUCAGCGAGAAGCGGAUCAUCGAGAUCGCAAAGGCCAUGAGGCUCCGGGUGUCUAAGAAAAAGGUGGAGGUGGUGGCCGGCCGGGUGGAGGAGCACAGACUUGGUGUCUUGCGCCUCCCGCUGCCUGCCCCACAGGCUGCUGAGCGCCAGGCCAAGCGGCGGAAAAUCACCUAGAUGGCUACUACCUGGACAUUGCUCCCUGCCCAUGCCAGCGACAUGUGCUUGGUCCUUUUCAUUUUUAUAAAAAAAAUGGAAGAUGUAGCCAGAAGCCAGCCUCUCAGUUAUGCUUGUUGCAAGCUGACCCUUAGCCUGAUGGCCAUUAGGGGUUUUGUUGCCGGCCCUAUGUAGCAAAUGUCGCCAGUGUUGAUUCACAGCUUGGCAUGGGUGGGUCUGGGAAAUUGGAGGAGGAACAGCAUUGAUUCACAGCGUGGCAUGAGUGGUUGGAGGAGGAAGAGGUCUCUGAAUGAACCCUAGAUCACCUUGGGUGAACCCUGGAUAAAAACCUUCAUUUAGAUCUCUGGAUGUUGGUUAAUAAAGAGAAACAGCGUCCCAGGCUA